CAGAAGCAGUGGAAGCUGCUCGCGAGCGGCCUCCCCCGCGGCAUCUACGUCGUCGCCUUCGCGUCACGCACCGACCUCCUCCGUGCCCUCGUCAUCGGCCCGCCGGGCACCCCGUACCAGGACGCUGUCUUCGUCUUUGACCUCCAGCUGCCGCCCGAGUUCCCGACGCAGCCGCCGGCGGUGCACUACCUGUCGUACGGGGAGCGCAUCAACCCGAACCUGUACGAGAACGGCAAGGUCUGCCUCUCGCUCCUCGGCACGUGGACCGGCCGCCAGUCGUGCGAGCUGUGGAACCCGCAGUCGUCGACGGUGCUGCAGGUCCUCGCGUUGGUGCUCUGCGAGCAGCCGUACUACAACGAGGCCGGAUACGAGCGGCAGCUGGGCACCUCGGACGGCGCGCACCACGCGCGGCGGUACAACGAGGGCGCCUUGCUCCUCUCGCUCAAGUCGAUGACGACGACGCUCCGCAACUCGGCGCCGCCCUUUGACGCGCUGGUCGCGCUGCACUUUGCCGCGGCGUCGUCGCGCAUCCUCGCGCGCUGCGCCUCCCUGCUGCGGCUCAAGGGGCCCCUCGAGCGAGCCGCCCUCGGCGGCGGCGGCAAGGCGGCGGCGGUGGCGCCCGCCCCCGCCAGCGACGAGGCGGCCGCGCCCGACACCAGCGGUGCGGCGGCGUCCGGGCCGGAGGGCGGCGACGCGGUCGCCGCAGCGGGGCUCAAGGGCGUGCUCAACGCGAAGCCGACCCUCGGCUUCCUGCACUCGCUCGACCGGAUGGUGCCACCGCUGCGCGCCGCCUUUGAGGGCGCCCAGCGAGCCGGCAGCAGCAGCGCGUGA